AUGCACCUGUCCUGGUGGAGGAUGGAAGAGGGGGAAGGGAGCCCCCUGCUGUCCCAGGAUGCUGGGUGCCAGGAGCCACCCCUCUCUGGGAACAGCCCACUCACUUCAAGCCACCUGGGUCCAGCACUCCAGGAGGGCCAGGCCUGGAGGGCAGGCGUUGGGGGAGGCCUUGGGGGAGGCCUCAGAGGAGGCCUGGCCCCCUUCCUCCCCUGGGUAAGCAGUUACCUCAAGUGCCUGACCUUCUUGUCCAACUUCCUCCUCUCUCUGCUCAGCCUGCUGGCCCUGGCCAUUGGGCUCUGGGGCCUGGCCAUCAGGGGGUCUCUGGGACAUAGUUGGGGAGGCCCCCUGCCUGCAGACCCCAUGCUGGGGCUGGUGCUGGGGGGGCUGGCGGUCAGUGCAGUAAGCCUGGCGGACUGCCUGGGCACCCUCUGCGAGAAUGCCUGCCUGCUGCGCUGCUUCUCCGGGGGCCUUCUCGCUUUUCUGGUGCUGGAGGCCGUGUGGGGGGCCCUGGUGGUGGCCCUCUGGGGCCCACUGCAGGAUGGCCUGGAGCAUGCCCUGCGUGUGGCCAUCAUCCACUACCAGGACGACGCAGACCUGCGCUUCCUCAUCGACCAAGUCCAGCUCGGGCUGCAGUGCUGCGGGGCCACCUCCUACCAGGACUGGCAGUGGAACCUGAUCUUUAACUGCAGCUCCCCCAGGGUCCAGGCCUGCAGCCUUCCUGCCUCCUGCUGCAUCAACCCCUGGGAAGAUGGAGCCUCUGUCAACGAGCAGUGUGGCCUUGGGGCCCUGGGCCUGGAUGAGGAUGCAGCUCAGUCAGUGGUCCACCCGGAGGGCUGUGGCCCCCCACUCUGACAGUGGCUGCGAGGGAAUAUCCGGGCUGUGGGCGGCUACUUGAUUGUGGUCGUGGUGGUCCAAGGGGCAGAGCUCCUGCUGGCCCUGGCUGGCUACAAGGGGACAGCAGAGAGCCCUGGAGUGGACGGGGAGGGUAGGCCUGUCCACUGCAGUUCCAGACCUGAUGCCCAGCCCUCUGCCAAGCCAUCUGGGGAUGACUGGGAGGAGUGA